CGCGCCUGGACGCAGACGAGCGUAGAGCGCGUUCCCGCCGGCGAGGUGCCUGUGGAGAAUAUGGAGCUGAUCGUGGAGUGGAUUUAACGUGAUCACUUGAUGGACUAAAAGCUGGUUUCGGUGCUGAUAUUUAUUCUGUCAGGACGUGUGACGCAGCAGGAUUUUUUUUUUUAUUAAUUAUUAUUCAUUUGCUUCAACAAACUGACUGCGUCGUUAAGAAGAAGCUAACAAGAAGAAGCGCUCAGAACCAUCUUGACUUUUCUUACAUCAGAGUGUCGUAAAUUCUUCCUACAGUCGCUUUACUGUUCCACACCUGGUUGUAUUAAUGAUAUUAUGUGGACACGCAAAUUCGGUUUAGGGGGCGACAGAGUUACAUUUCAAAUUAAAAGCCCAGAAACGCAAAAUGUGCAAAGUUAGCAAGAAGCGAGGGGAUCAAAAUCACGGAAAUCUGCGGUGCUGCGCGUCACAAAUACCGUGAAUCCACUUGUUUUUGUUGUUGUUAUUGUUCCACAUCGUUUGAUAUCUUGAGAUUUUUAUUUUUUGAGCCUGAACGUGUUCACAUGGAAAUGUUUUGGAAGUUUUUUUAUUCUGAAGCUCCGCGUUGGAGCCGGACUGUUGGAGGAUUUUUCAUUUAAAAAAACAAAAGCAUUUUUUCCCCUCAACUGGAGCAGUUUGUCUGUAAAACUCUUUCCCCAUGUGAAAGUAUUUGUUUGUGCAGCGGUGACAGCGUGACGUUUUUUGUUUUUUUUUUGCUUGUUUUUUCUUGUCACGUUACGUGUCCUGGGGGGCUCAGCCCCCAUGGGGCCUCCCACGCACGCCCACUCACGGAGGACAUGAAUGACGUGAACAACAGCGACCGACGUCAUUCAGGUGACAGGCCGUGGGUGGGCAACACGUUUCUGAAGACCGGUUUGUAAACGACGUGCACCAGCCUCGCCAUAAUGAAUGAGAGGCAGGCUCUCCACUCCAUAAUGAAGGACCUGGUUGCUCUCCAGAUGACACGGCGCCAGCCUAUGUCAUCCUUUGACAGUGGCAAACCCAAGGCCCCGGCCCAACAUGACAGACAGGACGAUGUCAGAAUGAAGUUUGAGUUCUCCGGAGAAAGACGAAUCCUGAUGUUGCCACGUCCUGUAUUAUUUGACGAAAUUCAGCAUAAAAUCAAGACUGUUUUUGGGCAGCAGUUGGACCUGCACUAUAUGAACAACGAGCUGUCCAUCCCUCUGCGGGAUCAGGAUGACCUCGACAAAGCAAUCAACCUACUGGACCGAAGCUCCAACAUGAAGAGCAUCAAGAUCCUGCUGCUCCCACAGGAGCAGAAGAAAACUUCGUCUCCUUCCCACCACAUGCUGUGUAAGCAGGUGAGGAUCCAGUCCUCUCAGUCCACCGGGGACGUGAGCGCAGCCCAUCAGUCCUCCGAGCCCAGGGGGCGCCAUCUGCCCACCGGUUCUCAGAACGUGGGGCGUAGCUCACCGCCACCAGGCUACGUGCCUGAGCGCCAGCAGAGGAUUGCCCGCCAAGGGUCAUACACCAGCAUAAACAGCGAGGGCGAGUUCAUCCCAGAAACCAGCGACCAGUGUGUGCUGGAUCCUUGGAGCAGUGCAGAGAACUCCGUCUCUGGGAGCUGCCAGUCUUUAGACAGCAACUCAGACAGCCCUGUACUGAGGAGGUCCCGGAUGCACAGAGCCAAGAGUUACCCUGAUAAUCGGCAGGAGUGCUCAGACAGGGAGAAUUAUGUCUAUGACAGGGUGGUGGGGAAGGGAGGUACCUACCCCCGUAGGUACCAUGUGUCCCUGCAUCAUAAGGACCACAGUGAAGGUCGGCGAACAUUUCCGCGAAUUCGCCGCCCGCAGGGAAACCUGUUCACUCUGGUGCCCUCACGGCGUUCACUAAAUGGCAGCAAGGAGAGCCUUGGCAGCUGGCAGCUGGUCGACGCUCAGGGCAGACUGCAUCCUCAGGAGCGUUCUGUCGCCCAUAAGUCACCCAGCGCUCCGGUGACAUGGCGGCGGGGGAAGCUGCUGGGCCAGGGAGCAUUCGGCCAGGUUUAUCUGUGUUACGAUGUGGAUACAGGGAGGGAGCUGGCUGCUAAACAAGUCCACUUUGAUCCUGACAGUCCGGAAACCAGCAAGGAGGUCAGCACUUUGGAGUGUGAAAUCCAGUUGCUGAAAAAUCUGCAUCACGAGCGAAUCGUUCAGUACUACGGCUGUCUGAGGGACCGCCCUGAAAGAACCCUCACCAUUUUCAUGGAGUUCAUGCCAGGGGGGUCAGUCAAAGACCAGCUGAAGGCCUAUGGGGCUCUGACAGAAAAUGUGACUCGGAAGUACACGAGACAGAUCCUGGAGGGUGUGUCCUACCUGCACAGUAACAUGAUUGUACACCGAGACAUCAAAGGUGCCAACAUCCUGCGGGAUUCAGUGGGAAAUGUGAAACUUGGAGAUUUCGGUGCCAGCAAGAGGCUGCAGACCAUCUGCAUGUCUGGCAGUGGAAUCCGAUCUGUAACCGGCACCCCCUACUGGAUGAGUCCAGAAGUGAUCAGCGGAGAAGGCUACGGCAGAAAAGCCGACGUCUGGAGUCUUGGCUGUACGGUGGUGGAGAUGCUGACGGAAAAACCUCCGUGGGCCGAGUACGAGGCCAUGGCUGCCAUAUUUAAGAUCGCUACCCAGCCGACCAAUCCGCUGCUGCCCUCGAACACCUCUGAGCAGGCGCAGGACUUCAUUCGCUGCAUCUUUGUGGAGGCAAAACUCAGGCCGAGUGCCGAGGAGAUGCUCAGACAUCCCUUCUCUCAGAUCCUGUGCUGAGAGUUGUGCAAACCAUCCAUGGCAGAAAUUCAGGCCCACUGAACCUUUGCCGCCAUUUAGAUGCAGUGUAAAAAAUACAUAUGGAAUUUCCACUUGGAUCAGUCCAAAGAACAGUUUGACAAGGGGUGUUGUUACAAACAUCACCACCAGGGGGCAGCAAAACACAGUCAUUCAGGAGUCAUGAACCAACAGUGUCUUAAUAUGAACAUGAAGUGCCCGUUCCUCUGUUUACAUUUAACUGUAAGGCAGUUAUGAAAUCAUUUGACCUUCAUUCACUGGGUACCAAGUGAAAGCUGGAGGCUGUUUGGUGCACGAGCAUCCCCGGUGCAUUACUGUUCCUUCCUUUGGUGAUGCCACUUAUUUCUGCUUUUGGAAAGAAAAAUACACCAUCAGAAGUGUAAUUACACUGUUAUAAACAGUUUACUAUGAUGCCCCUUGAAUUAAUUACCAUUAAUUCAUUGAUCACUGUGUAAAUGAAUAGUCAUUUCUUGAAUACAGGAAACAUGACUUAAAUUUGGGGAUCACAUAAACUCGGAACAACCUUUCAUUUUAAGUUCAUUAUCCAUCAUAUAUGUUCAAUAUUUACGCAGAUUUCAUGGUAUAAAAGUGGCAAAAACUUCAAUCAGUUUUCUCCUCAGAGUAUCGACACAUAAAGUGUAAUCUGAUGGUGGGUUUUUCUCCUAAGACUUAUAUUUGAAUGUCCGUUUUUCCCGUUCAUGUUGACACCACGUGAGUGACAGCAGUGACUGCGGCUCACAGCAUUUCUCAACCCGCCGUCCUCCUGAUGGUUUUCCACGAUGUGCCAAAGAGGGAGGGUGACAGGAUGCACAGCGCCGUUACUUUUCUUUCUGCAGUAUUUGAUAGUGAAGCAGACGAUGCUUUCUUGUAAAAGACAAACUGCACCCCAUCACACUCAGUCACGUUUCCACAAAGUCUGCAAAAAAAAAAAAAAAGUCUGAGGACGCAGUAUGAACCUGUACAAUGAAUUACUGAGAACAGGGCAGAGACUAAAUACAGAUGAAUUUUUGACGUGAAAAUGACACAUUUUUUCCAUUUUGACCACGUCCCUGGUGCGUUCAUCAAAAUCUUCAAGGCACUGUACAUUCUGAGUGUGACGGGGCCCUAAAGGGCUUCAAUUUGAAAAUGGUUCCUGUUGCCUUAAGAUUUUAAAAAAGCACAGAUUAAAUGAAAGAUAAAUUCAGUAGUUGCAGCAGAUGUGUGGAAGAAAUGUAACUUUUAACUUCUGGUAGGAAGCAUAAAAACUGGUAUAUGGGGCUUUUAAAGUAACGUGGAGUCAACACAGAUGUUGGGAUGUUUGAUCAGAUUUAAUCAACUCAAAAAUGAGCGUCUGCAGGUUGCAUCUUUUGCAGUUUGGUUUAUUUUGAGGAUAACUGGUUGCUUUGGCCUCUGGUGUUGGGAGCAACUCUUCGUCAAUCCACGCUGUUGAGUCUUCUUGUGUUGGAGCCUUCGGUCUCUGGUUGUAGCUUCUUCCUCUUGAUUCAGCAACCAGUUUAUUCUGACUUAAAGUGGAGGUUUGUUUUCUCCUCAGUCGUAGUUCCAGCGUUCUGGCACAUCCAGACCCUCUCUUUGGAUCUGCUGGUGCAGUAGCACUUAAUCAGCUCCAUGUCCAAAGUCCAGUCUGCGAAGGUCUUGUUCCAUCAGGUUGUCCUGGUUCCCCAACACCUGACACGGAGCUUUUGACCCGAGGCGACGUGCGAGCCAGUACAGCUUCAGUUUUAUGUCUGUUCCAAGGUAGCCUUGCAUUUCAGUUCUGUUAACUCGAGACUUGUUCAAACCAGAACUUUAGGCUGUCUCGCCAUCAUCGAGACAUCAGUCUGAGUCCUUGUCCCAGUGACGGGUGAUAGACCUUAAAUAAAUGCAUUUUUAACUCCAGUUUUGCACUUUGAUCUGUAGUUUUACUUUGGGCAGUGCUUAGCAGUCUGGUCUCCUAGGAAGAAGGUCCAGGAUUCCAAGCCCACCCACACCUGCUCUCCACAUCAGGAGGAGCGUCUGGCGAAAACUUGCCAGAUGAACUUGUGGCUUCAUACUGGAUCUGCUGUGGUGAUGCCAAAAGGAAUUUUAGAGUAUUUGUACUUUUCCUUGAAGCUACAAGGAAAUAAAGCUGAUAAUUUAGAGUUUUUCACUGCUUCACGAUUAUAGCCUGUUAAAAUAAUUCUAUUUCAUUUCCGUGCUUAUUCCACAUUGAAUAAUCAUCUGGAAAAUAAUCGUGCAGAUGUUUGUAGUAGAUGUAAGACCUGUAAAAUGUUUCCACGUCUCUUUCCAUUUAGUGUUCCUUUAAAAAUCUUCAUCCUCACUUUCAUGGAUCCCAGGAACUCAGUGACCCCCAAGAAGCCCUUUUGUUUUGGUCUCAAAAGAUGAAAAUCACUGAACUCUACAUUUUAAAAGGUCUUUUGCAGAAGAGCCUGACUUGUCCAUGGUGAGCUUAUCAACCCUCGCCCGGUUUUUGUUUGUGACCUUUGACAUAUCUUGGUAAUAAUUCCUUGCAUUUCCUUGGAGCCUGUAUUGUUGUCGUGCAUGUUGCAGCAUCACAGAGAUGUUAGGCUACAGUUGUUUUGUAUUAUUUUUGGUUUUUUUGGUUUUUUCGUUCACAUCAGGUAGUACAAGCGCGAUUGAUCACGUCACCACGUGGAGCAGCAGUGAGCUCGAUGCUCUGGUGUAGUCAGUGACUUAUCUGCGGUUUUGAUGCUUCCUGCUGGAGAUGAACAUCUUCAUGUAUCUGCUCCGUUAUAAAUCAAAUGCACUUUUCUGUAAAGGGAAUGUCACAGGGUUUUUACCAAAUUAAAAAAAAAAAAAAAAAUUAAAAAUGUGAAAAAUCAGUUUUAUUUAUACGCCCAUGUCCAAUUAAAUGAGUUUUGUUUUUUUUUAUUGAAAUGUAUUUCAAUAUAUGUAUUUUUAUAUUUAGACUGUGUCAGAUCUAAUGAUGCGUUCAGGAUUUAGUGUCAUUCGUAGGAACCUUUGAAAGCAGCUGGUUUUGCAGAUAUUACAGAAUUGGAAAUUAUAAAUGAAGACUGGGUGUAAAAUGAACUCUAAUGUCCUGCUGUGUGUUCAACACACACACACACACACACACACACGUCUGUCUCCGUAUGUGACUGGAUGCUACUCCCUGAGCAUCAGGUCGACGUCUCGUGAGUAAAACUUUGCAGAAUAACUGACGUGAAGCAAAGCAGCGUCGGACGUCAGAGUUCACUGUUAAAUCCAGUGAGACGACUUUUGUUUGUCCCCGGGUUCAGACAACCGGAUCUUCUUCAGCCAGCGUUGAACAAGUUUCUGGGCAAAGCUGCUAACGUAAAAAAAAAUGUAAGUGGUGAAAAUGAUUCAAUAUUUAAAUUGAGGCAGUCGGCGGUGAGUUCAGGAACCCUGUGAUAAACAAAUGAACAGAUUCAGAUAUUUAGAUUUAUACAUAAAUGUAUGAUUAUGUAUCAUGACAAGACUUGCAGUGCAACGUCUGUAUCAAACAUAUUUUAUAUAAAGUCUGUACAGAUGUAUUAAAAAACUAAUAAAUCCACAGUUUGUA